AUCCUAUUAGUAAUUUUCAUAUCAUUACAAAUUUUUAGUGUUGUAUGUCAUACAAUAAUGUUGUAUAAUGUACGAGUUCAUUGCAUCGUCUAAAUACAAUUAACUAAUUCGAAUUAUAAACUAUUUAUAAACAGUAAAUUUGUUUUUUGUAAAAAGAGUGACAUACAUAUAUAUUGGUAACACUGAAUGAAUCGUAAGCAUACUAGAAGCUUUACAUAUGAUACGUCACCAACGAAUUUGUACAUAACUCUUGGGUUACAUAUUUUUCUACUUCAAUUAUCCAUUCUCAGGCGACAAUUAUUUUCAUGCUUUACACUCUUUUAAACCGAGUGACUUAAGAAGCUUCCUCUUCAAAUAUGGGAUCUUCUCAUAGUAUUGAAAUACCAGGAGGUGGCACAGAAGGUUACCAUGUAUUAAGAGAUCAAGAUAAUGAUACGUUAAAGGAACUUCUUAAAAAUGGUGUAGAUAAAAAACUAACGCUUACGAUAUAUAGCAGUAAAACACAAUCUGUAAGGCAAACUGUCAUAGUACCUAGUCUUACAUGGGGUGGACAGGGUCUUCUUGGUGUUAGUGUAAGAUUUUGUUCUUUUGAAGGUUCUAAUGAAAAUGUUUGGCAUGUUCUUGAAGUUCAUCCAUCUUCUCCUGCGGAAUUAGCAGGUUUACGUCCAUUCACAGAUUAUAUUAUUGGUGCUGACUCAGUUUUACAUGAAUCCGAGGAUUUAUUUACCUUAAUAGAAGCACAUGAAUCACGACCUUUAAAAUUAUAUGUAUAUAAUACAGAAGAUGAUUCUUGCAGAGAAGUUACAAUUACACCCAAUCAUACCUGGGGUGGGGAAGGAAGUCUAACGUUAAAGUCACUGUUUCAAAUCCAGUCACAUCAAACAUUAGUCACAUGGAAGGAAGUAAUGUAGUUACAAACAUACCACCAGGUUUUUCUAUUCCACCAAAUUACAUUUCAUCGCAAGAAAAUGUUGCGACAAAAUCUGAACUUGAAACUACGUCUACUACAAUGUAUACACCAGGUGCACAAACUUACACUAUGUCUCAGUUAAAUCCUGCUACUAUUGGAGGAUCUACAACUACUAAUUCUGUGUCUCAUGUGGUAUCUAAUCAAUCUAUUACAAGUACAACAUGUAGUAAUGAUUCCAUCAUAUCAUCGAUGUCGUAUCAAAAUACAAUGCCAAAUAUACCUGGUAUGCCAACUACUCCGCCUUUGCCAACUUUUACUACUAAUACGACACUUCUGAAUGAAACAGCUGGUAUUGUCAAUACACCGAAAGAUUUCUCAACUGUACAAAGUGGCAUAUCAUCAUCAGUACAGUUUAAUGUGCCUCAAUCUCACGUAGUAACGACUCCCAUAUCGUUGCCUGGGAUGCCGCCUAUUACCGUUAGUGCAAGUCUACCACAAAAUACGGCUUUCUAUUCAUCUGUUCUUCAGCAAAAUGAACUAACUGAUGUUAGCACCACAUCCACAGUACCGCCAACAACAUUACAGUAAUGAUUAUGUUAUUCCUGAACGAAAAUAUCUGUUUUAUAAUAAAGUACGUAUAUAAUGAAGAAUAAAGGUAAAAUAAAGAGCGCAACGUAUCUAUUACGAAUAUAUUGUAUUACUGUAUUUUACUGCGUUUAUACUUUAUUACUUGUUUAAACGCAAUGUAUACAAAUUUUCAGACCUGCGAGUAUAAAUUAUUGUACAUAGACCAAGACUACGUAAAUUAAAUUCAAAUUAAAGAAUACCAAAUUAAAUUCAAAAGAAUACUAAAUUAUUACAUAUUGACUGUUCUUUUUUAUUUUUAUUGCUCACUUAUACAUGUUACAAUAAAUAUUAUUUUUUUUAAUCAUUACAAUUUAAAGAAUACAUUAUGUAAUUUAUUAUGUAAGACUACAAGUUCGAUUUAUCAUUAAAAAGAACAAGACAUUAACGCAUUCAAAAAUUUAAAAUGUCUCGCUGUUUUUUUGCAAAUUUGAAAGAAAUUCAUAAGGUAACAAUCAUUUUAGAUAAAAAUUAUUUAUUAAAUAUUGUACAGAUCAACUUUGCAUUAGACACUGUUGUAUAAAUAUUCACAGAAUGACAGAUUUGUAUUUUAAUAACUAAAACUGCUAGUCUUACAAUUUCUUCUUCAGUUGGUAGUUUUAAAUGAACAUUUAAAUAAUUAUUUCGGUAUAACCUAAUUCUUCUUCAGUUGGCAGUUUUAUCUUUGACGGAUCGAUUAAAUUUGGAUCAAUUGGUGGUAAACCAUGUUCUUCUUUAUAACGAAGUUGUAAAUAUGCUUCUCGUUGAGCCCAAUCUUUCAAAAAUGGGUCUGCUGUAUAACCGAGUAUAAGGAAACUGAGCACGCAAGCUACAGAUAUAGAGAAAAAGAAUGAUAGAUGCAUAGCUUGACGAUCUUUUUUUUCAUCGUCGUAAAAGUAUCCGUAACUGACCCAUGUACUUUUCACUUCAUACUUUUCAGUGUUUUUAGUUGCUGAAUCACUUUUAUUAAUUUUAGUGUAUAUAUUAAUUUCUUUCAGUCUUAGAAACGUCAAUCCUCUCUUAAUUCCUUGAGGACGAAUUAAUUGUAGUAACCUUGACAUUCUUUAAUGUCAAUACUUAUUUUUUCUGAUAAAAUGUCGUUCUUUCUUUUUUCUUUCUCGUUAGCUAUUUGCGAAGUAUUUAAUAUAUCGUAACAAGUUCAGAAACCAAAAUUAGAUACGUGUAUACGUACGAGAUGACGACCUUUACGGACUGCGACACCAAAGCUCGUACAUAACCUCUGAAGAAUAUACAUAUAAUAGGGCGCCUAGAUUUAAAGUUUAAUGCAAUGUAAUUAAGAACACGAUGUUUGUUUCAAAUAUUUUUUUUCUUAGUCUUUCUGAAUUUCGAAAGUAAAGAAAUUAGGUCUUAUAAAUAAGUCAAUAAAGUAAUACUAUUUGAAAAGGUGUAAUACAAAUUAUACAGGACUAUACAAUGUAUGUCUAAAAUCCAAAGUAGUUUAUUUUAUAUAUAUUUCAAAUUUAUAAAUUAACAAUAUUAAUUUUUUAGUCUUUGUGUCUUUAUUUUUAUUUCAGUUCAAUAACAUAAAAUUCAAUUUAAUUUAAACUUAAAAAAUUUUAUCUAAUCUAAU